AUCGAGUUCCUGCGGCUGAACAACAACCCCUGGGCCUGCGGCUGCGAGGCUCGUCCCCUGUGGGAGUUCUUCAGAGGCGCCCGUUUGUCCAGCUCCGAGGUUCUUUGCGCUUCACCUGCUUCUCGUCGUGGAGAGGACCUGCGCUUCCUGAGGGAGAUGGACUUCGCCCUGUGCCCACUUCCUGACCCCAGCUCCCUCUCUGGUACCACCACCACCACCUUCAGCACCAAGACCCGCUGGUGGUUCUCCAAGAACAAGCCAGUCAGCACUUCCAAGGGCAUCUUUGAGAAGAGCUCCGAGACCAAGGCAUACCCCUUCAAGUCCCAAUAUCCCUCAAUCACAUCUACAUCCACAAAGUAUGAGCUUGGGGAGGAAGAGGCUCUUCUUCCCAAGCUUGAC